UGGAUAUAGAAACAAAAUCUGUAUUUGUAUGCUAUUGUUAAAUUGUUAAUUCUUAACUGCUCAACUCUCAGAGGUCACUUGAUACUAACUAUUAACCACUCGUACUUCACUGCACAUGCAUACAAAACACGGAAAGCUUGGCGUAUAGCAACUUCAAUAAAGUUAGAACUACCGCAGAGCUCGACUCGGAUAUGUUGAGGCAACAAAGAAGGUGCAGUUUGAAAAUGAAGUUAUUAGUAUGAAGUAGCAGCGCAGGCACAUUUGGAAAAUUAUGCCGACAAGCAAGAUGGAAUUUGGGAAAAAAUGUAAUAAAUCGAGUGGCGUUAUUUAAGAUGUGCUCCAAACAUUUGGCGAAAUUUUUUCGCCUUCUCAACGUGCUAAGUUACAAGUUAUGCUGACUGCCACCACGGUCUGUAAGAAGCCUGAAGCAAAGGGCAAACAACCUUCCAGGAAGCUGCCUGCUGUCCCCGAGUCGUAGCUGAAUUUCAGCAAGAAGCAGGUCAGCAAACGUGCUACCCUGAUCAAGCGUAAACUAAAGCGUUCUGCUGUGAUUGCACUCCGCAAACGUGAUAACUUGGUGCAUGCUGAGAAAUAUCAAGCAAAAUAUCGCCGUGAUGGACGCCGUGAGAUUAAGUUGCUCCAUCUGGCAAAAAAACGCGGCCCAUUCUACGUGCCUGCAGAAGACAAAUUGGCUUUUGUGAUCUGUGUCCGCGGUAUCAACAAAGUUGCACCAAAAGUGCGUAAAGUUUUACUGUUGUUCCGUUUUCGCCACAUUAACCACCGUUUUUUCAUCAAAUUGAACCCUAUAUCACAUGGGGUUAUCCAAAUCUUAAAUCAGUUCGUGAAUUGAUCUACAAACGUGGAAUUGUCAAGCACAACCGUCAACGUGUCUCAAUCUCUGACAACUUUGUGAUCGAACGCAAAUUGCGCAAAGCCCACGAUAUUCAGUGCGUUGAUUAUUUGAAAGCCUCCAACUUCCUCUGGCCAUUUAAGCUCAACACCAACCGGCGGCUGGCGCAAGAGGGCUAAUCACUACGUUGAGGCUGGUGAUUUCGGUAACCGUGAAGAUAAGAUCAACAAACUGCUGCGCAAGAUGGUUAAAGAAAUUUUUUGGUGUACAAGAACAACGUGCUGCGCAACAAAAUAAUAAAUAAAAUAUCUUGAAGCGAAGUAACCAAACAAAGACGAUGACUUCAACAACGCAACUACCUACAAAACUCUGUCAUAUAGUAAAACGUCCAGAUUUCGAAGGGUACGGAUUUAAUUUGCAUUCAGAAAAAGUUAAGCCUGGGCAGUUUAUAGGAAAAGUAGAUGUGAAUUCUCCAGCGGAGGCUUCGGGAUUAAAAGAGGGAGAUCGCAUUAUUGAAGUAAAUGGCGUUAACAUUAGCGGGGAAUCGCAUAAACAAGUGGUGCAGCGGAUUAAAGCGCUGUCAAAUGAAGUCCGGUUGUUAAUAGUCGAAGCAAAUGCAAGUAAAAGUGAGACAAGCGCGAGUGAAUACCCUGCCAGUGUUGCAUCAUCAGAGAGCAAAAAGAACAACAACGUAAAUAGAGAAUUCGAGGGCAUAUUUCAAGAAAUACCUGGAAGCAGCAACAACAUUAGCAGUAUCAGCAUAAGUACAAAGCGCUCAUCCAAUGGUGGCAAAAAUUCAGUCAAUGCUAAUGUAAAUACAAAUGGUGCAAUUACAAAUAAUGCCAAGGAAAUGUUACCAAGAAAACCAGACGUUUGCAAUUCUACUUCAAGCUCCUGCCAUGUAAUUACUACGAAUGCGACUAUGCCAGCGGAUGCUAUGGGAGCGGAAAGAGGCCAAAACGGAGCUGUGAAACCUUCCAGCUAUGGAUUAGAACUACCUAUGACAGCAGCUGAGAUGCGGGCAAAACUUUUAUCCAGAAAAAAAUACAAUCCAAAAAAUGAAGUUGUGGACCUAAAGAAAAAGUUUGAAAUAAUUCAGAAACUGUGAAAUAUACACGAGCAAACACAAAAUAUACAUAAUAAUUUGCUUUUUUAAGGAAAGAAAAGAAUGUUUAAACGAUUAUGUAUAUUAUAACACACUGAGGCGUACGUAUAUAAUUGUGCAUCUAUAAAUAUUGAAGUGUUUGUCUGUGAUCUUGAAAUAAAGGUUUUCUUAGCACAUGUGGUUAUCUGCAAA